ACACUACUUGUGACCACUUUGCCAGAACGAACAAGGGACAAACAAUCCCGCUCACCCACGCCCGCUACGUUCGUAUACAGAUCUGCAAGAAGGGACGGUGUCUCUCAGAGCCGUGGGUGCGUGUGCAUAUCCUGUGCAUGGCAUCGCUUUCUUCGUCCGAGAUUUGAGACUUGUGACCAGCUAAAUUACACCCGCCGCCCAUACUCCAGCACAUAUCUCAUCCAGUAUACCGAGGUGCCACACACAUCCCACCCGCAAACACAUCAUUCUCCUUCGUGCGCCCAAUUGGCGACAAUGCAUGCCUAGGGCACAGCGCAUGCAGCACCAGCUUGGCCAUUUGAUAGCUGAGGGAGGAGAAGCUGCUGCCGCCUAGCGGAGAGCCCGGACGAAGACGAAAGUGAGAGUGUAAGAGUAAGAAAGAAGAGAGGAAGGAAAGGGGAAGGAAACAGCGAUAUCGUCGAGUAAAUCGGUAGCCAUGGCGGACGGCUUUCCAGACUACAGCUCGCCGCAGAUCACGUUCGAGGAGCCGCCCAGGCAGAAGAGAGACAACAGCAAGGCAUCGCGAGAUAGCUCACGGAAUCCAGAGAACAAUGGACCAGCGACGAGCAACCGACCACCGAAUAUCGAUAUUGGGCAGCGUCAGCUGCCCGACGAUGCAUCCGCGGCGAAAACUCCAGAAAGCAUCGGAGAAACAAGAGAUGGGCCAAACCCGGCCACGCCAACGAUCGUGGAGCCUGCCGAGGGCACACCUGCAGACACCGACGCAUCAUCGCCGCAGCCGUCGCCCUUUGCUACAGAUGGUCACAAUCAGCAGACGGUGCAUACACGUAACCGGACCGACUCCGCGUCCACCACCAUGACGGCUGCUCCACGUGUGCCGGGCGCCACGCGCAGCUCCCUCGUCUUCGUAAUCAAGUCGCUCGAGAGCAUCGCCGAUGCAAAGGAGGCUCGCAGAAACAAGAAACUGCAGGAUGCGCUGCAACGCGCGCUUACAGCGAUAAGAAGCGACGAAACGGCACCGGGAGCGAGCGAUCUCAGCCCGGAGGUGCUGUUCGAACCACUGCAACUGGCCUCGGAGCUGCAGACUGUAAGCGUUGUUACCACGGCGCUUGACUGCAUAGGCAAGCUAAUCAGCUACUCGUACUUCUCGCUACCUGCCGCCACCGCCGAAAAUCAGCAGCAACAGCAACCAGCUGACGCACCGCCGCUUAUCGAACGCGCCAUCGACACGAUCUGCGACUGCUUCCAGAGCGAGGCCACCCCGGUCGAGACGCAGGUUCAGAUCGUAAAAUCGCUGCUCGCUGCCAUCUUGAACGACAAGAUUGUCGUGCAUGGCGCCGGCCUUCUAAAAGCCGUACGACUGACAUAUAACAUCUUCCUGUUAUCAAAAAACGCAUCGAAUCAGAUGCUGGCGCAAACAGCGCUGACGCAAAUGCUUGACACGGUGUUUGAGAGAGUCAAGGCGCGAUUGGCGGCCAAAGAGGCUAGGAUCUCGGAGUCCAAGAUUGCGCUUGAAAGAGAGCAAGGCGUCGAAGGAGAUGUGCCCAAGGAGAAUGGCCAUGGGGAAGACAAGAUGGAGAAUGGCGCUACUCCUGCCACAGAAGGCUCUUCUUUCAACGGGCGAGAUGCGCAUGAAGACGGCGACGGCGAAGAUGAUGCAUCGGAGACCGCAUCGACGGCACCUAGUGACGUGCCUGUCGAGAAGCGGGACGCGCCCAAGAUGACCCUGCAGAGUUUCGAAAACAGGAAGAGCUUCGAUGACGCGAAGAUCACAGAUACAGCGCCAACACUGGUUACACGGGUGAAAGACCGCGCGCGCUCGAAGCGCACUACAUCUGGCGCCAACGAACCAUCCGCCGAGGCUGCUGAGGACGAAGAGGAUGAGAUCUUUAUCAAGGACGCGUACCUCGUGUUCCGAGCCAUGUGUAGACUUAGCACCAAAGCGCUGCCUGUCGAGCAUGUGCUGGAUCCCAAGUCUCAAGGCAUGAGGUCGAAGUUGUUAUCUCUGUACAUCAUCCACUCUCUGAUCAGCAAUCAUACCGUUGUGUUCACCUCUCCCUACGCAACAAUCCGGUCAUCCAACGAUGAGCCAACUUCCUUCAUCCAGGGCAUCAAACAGUACCUAUGCCUGUCGCUCAGCCGCAACGGGCCCUCGUCUUCGCGCCCGGUCUUCGAGGUCAGCCUGGACAUCUUCUGGCUUAUGUUGAAGUAUCUGCGUGUGAUGCUCAAGAAGGAAAUCGAGGUAUUCCUUAAAGAGAUUUACUUUGCCAUCCUUGAGAAGCGCGCCUCUCCCGUGUGGCAGAAACAGAUGAUCCUCGGCAUGUUUGCACGACUGGCGCAGGAACCUAGAGCACUCGUCGAGGUUUACCUCAAUUACGACUGCGACCGCACCGCGCUCGAUAAUAUGUUUGAGCGCAUGAUGCAGCACCUUAGCGCUCUCUCUUCUGCGCCCGUUAAGGUCUCGAGCGUCCAGCAGCAUGCAUUCAUAGAGUACCAGGCACGAUCCUCCGAUAAUCCCUCAGCCGACCUGCACGGUCGUGUUCUAAGAAAUCUGUCGACAGCGGCUAUGAGCGCCGCCCCGGAGCCAGAGAAGGAGUUCCCUCCUGAAUAUGCCAUGAAAUACGAGGCUCUUGAAGCCAUGGUCGAUGUCCUCCGAUCGAUGGUCAAUUGGUCGCAGCAGAACGUCGCCGAGAACAAUGUGGGCAUAGGCAAUGGAGAUAUGAGGAGAUCUGCCGAUAAUACAUCGCGCGAGAGCCUUGAUCAGCAGAGCAUGCAUCGCGACCCAUCCAUGUCGUCUGUCGCAUCGCCGCGCGUGGGAAGUGAUAGCCCUAGUGGCAUGUCCACGCCGCUCGCCGAAGACGAUGCCGGCUACCUCGAGCGAGAGAAGCAGCAGAAGACCGCAUUAGCAAACGCCAUACGUCUUUUCAAUUUUAAGCCCAAGCGUGGCCUUGCCGCGCUACUGAAAAAUGGUUUCAUAGCCUCGGACGCGCCGCAGGAUAUCGCCAGGUUUUUGCUCGGCAACGACAGCAUUAACAAAGCGACCCUAGGUGAAUUCCUGGGCGAAGGCGAACCGGAGAACAUUGCAAUCAUGCACGCCUUUGUAGACCUGAUGGAUUUUAGGCAAACCCGUUUCGUGGACGCGUUGAGACGCUUUUUGCAAAGCUUCAGACUGCCUGGCGAGGCCCAGAAGAUCGAUCGUUUCAUGCUCAAAUUUGCAGAACGCUACAUAGCCGGCAAUCCGAAGGCGUUUGCCAACGCGGACACGGCAUAUGUCCUCGCGUACUCCGUCAUCAUGCUCAACACUGAUCAGCACUCGACGAACAUCAAGUCGAAGCGCAUGACGCCCGAGGACUUCAUCAAGAACAAUAGGGGUAUCAACGACAACGCUGACCUCCCUGACGAAUACCUCAGGGGCAUCUACGACGAGAUUCAUAACCACGAAAUCGUGCUCGACACGGAGCGCGAGACGGCAGCCAACUUGGGUAUGCUGACGCAACCCCAGGCCACGGGGUUGGCUUCGACCAUUGGCCAGGCCGUAGCCAUCGCGAGCCGCGACCUGAGGAAAGAGGAAUACGCACAGACUGAGCAGUUUGCCAACCGCACUGAACAGCUCUACAAGUCGCUUCUGAGGGCACAGCGACGUGGCGCUGCCAAAAAAGAAGUCUCACGGUUCAUACCUGCUUCAUCGUUCAAACAUGUGGGUCCCAUGUUCCAGGUUAGCUGGAUGGCAUUUCUACCCGCCCUCGCCGGUGCCGCACAAGAAACGGAGAAUUUCGAGAUGGUCAAGCUUUGCAUGGAGGGCAUGAAGCUUGCGAUCCGCAUCUCGUGCCUCUUUGACCUGCAAGACCCGCGCCAGGCGUUUGUGCAGAAGCUUGCGAACCUUACGAAGCUGUACAAUAUCAGUGAGAUGAAGGUGAAGGAGCUUGAGGCGCUCAAGGCCCUGCUGGAAGUUGCACAACUGGAAGGUAACCAGCUCAAGGAGGCGUGGCGCGACGUGCUCACUUGCAUCAGCCAGCUGGAUCGGUUCCAGCUCAUUUCGACGGGUGUGGACGAAGGCGCCGUCCCGGACGUGUUGCGUAUGCAGCGUUCCAGCACGAGCUCCUCCUCGUCUUCGCGGCGCAAUCUUAACGUGCCCAAACAGCACCGACCGCGCCAGCACAGUGGCACCAUCAACUACCGCGCCGACAUCGCCGAGGAGUCGCGCUCCGCCGACAUCGUACGCAGCGUGGACCGCAUCUUCACUAACACAGCUCACAUGUCCGGCGAUGGCAUCCUAUAUUUCGUCAAGGCGCUUACCCAAGUUUCAUGGCAGGAGAUCCAGUCUUCGGGUCAGUCAGAGUCGCCGCGCACUUACUCGCUCCAGAAGAUCGUAGAGGUCUCGGGCUACAACCUGACGCGGGUGCGUUUCGAAUGGGCAUCCAUUUGGGCAGUGUUGGGCCAGCACUUCUCUCAGGUCGGCUGCCACACCAACACCAACGUCGUAUUCUUUGCGCUUGACUCGCUGCGCCAGCUGUCGAUGAAGUUUCUAGAAAUUGAGGAGCUGCCCGGCUUCAAGUUCCAGAAGGACUUUUUGAAGCCGUUUGAGCAUGUCAUCGCCAACAGCCAGGUUGUGCCAGUGAAGGACAUGGCGCUCAGGUGCUUGAUUCAGAUGAUUCAAGCACGCGGCGCCAACAUCAAAUCCGGUUGGCGGACGAUGUUUGGCGUCUUCACUGUGGCUGCUAAGGAGCCAUACGAGGGCAUUGUCAACCUGGCCUACGACAACGUGACUAAGAUCUACAACGACUAUUUCGGCGUCGUCAUCACCCAGGGUGCGUUCGCCGACCUGAUUGUCUGUCUGACGCAGUUUUCCAAGAACCAGAAAUUUCAGCGCAAGUCCCUGCAGGCGAUCGAGAUGCUUAAGUCAACCGUCUCGAAGUUGCUCAAGACUCCUGAGUGCCCGCUCUCGGUGCGGGCGAGCAAAGCGAAGGCACCAGAGGGCCCAUUGCAACUUACGCAGCAAACACAGGAAGAGCAGUUCUGGUUCCCGGUUCUGUUCGCGUUCCACGACGUGCUCAUGACGGGAGAUGACCUCGAGGUGCGCUCGAGGGCGCUGAACUACCUGUUCGAGACACUUAUGCGGUACGGCGGCGACUUCCCGCUCGACUUCUGGGAUAUCCUCUGGCGACAGCUUCUUUAUCCCAUAUUCAUGGUCCUGCGAUCCAAGUCCGAGAUGUCCAAGUUCGCGACGAAUGAGGACCUGUCGAUAUGGCUGUCCUCGACCAUGAUCGAGGCUCUGCGGAAGAUGAUUGCACUGUUCACCCACUUUUUUGACUCUUUAGAAUACAUGCUUGAUCGUUUUCUGGAGCUGCUAAUCUUGUGCAUCUGUCAGGAGAACGAGACACUGGCACGAAUUGGCAGCAACAGCUUACAACAGCUCAUUCACGAAAACGUGAACAAGUUCACACCCGAUCACUGGUCGAAAAUCGUCAGCGCGUUCGUCGAGCUGUUCACAAGGACAGAAGCUACCGCGCUCUUCUCUGCCGCAACGUCGGGUGGCUAUAACAAGACGCCGUCCAACGGCUAUUUCGAGCCUCAAAGGUCACCUCCUCCAUCGGACACGGCGAGCGUUUCCGACCUACCCCUAAACACUCAGCCUUCUCAGACGUCCGAAACAGAUGCAAGUCGUGGCGAAAAUGCUCUCGGUAUCAACGGCAUAUCUGCGCAGCCACCGCAAACCCGAGUUUCGCCUGAUCCGGACUCGCCCACCACACCUCGUGCGGUCCCUCAGCCUCAACUGGAAAAUUUCCACGCGGAGACCGCUCCCGAGACUCCGGUCGUCGUGACGGCAGCACGCCGCCGCUUUUUCAAUCAAAUUAUUACUAAAUGCGUGCUCACCCUCCUCAUGAUCGAGACGGUCAACGAGCUGUUCUCCAAUGACACCGUAUACGAAAAGAUCCCAUCCACAGAACUGCUGCGCCUUAUGGCGCUGCUCAAGAAGAGCUACCACUUUGCCAAACGCUUCAACAACGACCGCGACCUGCGCACGCGCCUUUUUAAGGAAGGCUUCAUGAAGCAACCGCCCAACCUGCUCAAGCAAGAGUCAGGCGCCGCGAGUGUAUACGUCAACAUCCUCUUCAGAAUGUUUCUCGACACGUCUGCAUCGCGUGUCGCCUCGCGAGAGCAGACGGAGGAUGCGCUUGUCCCUCUGUGCGCGGACAUCAUCUCCUCGUAUAUCGAUCUUGACGAAGUGACUCAGCAGCGCAAUAUCGUCACCUGGCGGCCCGUCGUGAUCGAAGUUCUCGAAGGCUACUCUGGUUUCCCUGAGACGGAGUUCGAAAAGCACGUCGGAACGUUUGCGCCGCUUCUUGUCGGUCUCAUGGGCCGUGACAUGGGACCGGAGCUGCAGAGGGCCGUUCAGGGUGUCCUAGCGCGCAUAUUUGAGGUCAAGCUUGGCCUAGAUAUACCCGUGGUCCUGGGUCGCGGGCUGGUCACGCCAGUAAGCGAGAGGGGUAGCAGUGUGUUCGGAGGCACAAGUAGGAGGAGCAGCAAGACGAGUAGACAUUGAAGGUGGAGGGUUACUUUUUUUCGCAUGUCCAUGUUCAAAUGUAUAGAUUGGGUUACACCUGCAUCAGCUUACUUUCUCCUUUCUCUCAUUUUUAUCCGACUAUCUCGCUCUCAAGAUAUGACCGUCUUCGAGGGAAACGGAUGGGAGUUGGUGAAUAUUUGGGCUUAAGUUCGACGCCUCAAGUCUACAUGUAUGUAUGUAUGUAUGUAUGUGUGAGUGAGAAGAGUUUUAUUGGAGAAUAGCGCACAGUGUUUGUGUCGUACGUCUUUCAGCGACGUACUCCGCAGCACUCUUUGUUGGUCA